CCAAAAACACUGCAAAUUAGGGCUCUUGUGUUGAUGGAGAAACCAGGGUUGAUCGACGGAAGCAAUGCAAUGGAAGAAGUCGACGUCCCCGAAAUCGACGUCGAUCUUCUAAUGUCGUUAUUAGAGGAAUCGCAGUACGAAGAGUAUUGCAACGAGGAGCAAGUCAACAGUUUGAUGGAACCUCUAGAAGCAGAGAUUCAAAUGGCAAACCAUGGUUCAUGCAGUCCCGAAGGAGACGUCAAACCAAACAGUGGCUCCGAAUGGGCGGAAAUGGAAACGGCGCCUUUGAUGCCGAGCGAUGACAUGAACUGGUGUGUGGAGGAUCACUUUGAGGAGAUGUCAGUGGAUGAGUUGGUUCAAUUUGGAAAUGAUUUCGCUUUGAAUUGUUAUGAAUUUCCGUUAGAAAACGGCCAUGCAUCUACGUGGCAAGAGGGUUUUUUAAUGCUAACUCUAAUUAAAAUUAUUAACUAUAAAAUAAGGACUAUUCAUUAGAGUGGUUACUGGUUGGUUAGACAUGCUCUUUGGCGGCUCAAGCUUGGUGGGGUUAGGUUUUUAAAGGACUUAAAUUUACUUGUAAAGAGGGGAAACGGGG